AUGAGAUUAUUAUCAUUUGUAAUUAUUUUGAGCUGGAUAUCGUGGGUGGUUGCAGAAAGUUGCACGGGAGAACAGAAACUUAAUCUAGAAGAUUUUCAGUUUGUUGAGCAUUCCAAUGAAAACUUAGAUGGUCUAUCAGAAAAAUUGAAAAGUCGUGAAGUAUCUUUGACAAAAGUCAUUGAAGAUGGUAAUCAUAAAUUAACAAAGGCGAGUCCAUGGGAGUAUUCGGCUGUGAAAGAUGCUAUCCAAUGGGAAAGUAAGGAUGGAUUCGAUGAUUUAAACACUAAAAAAUGGGUUCCUCAAGGUAUUUCAUCCUCGGCGGAUGCAUAUGAUAAGGGUGAUUGGAAUGGAAAAGAGGCAUGGAUUGUUAGCUGGCAUAACGAAGAUGAUACUAGUGUUCGUGUUACAUUCGUUGACAAGGAAACUAACAAGUAUAGACACGUUUUACUAGUUUAUCCAACAGCUAAAGAUGAUUUUGGGCCUGUUCAGAUUCAUGCGGGCGGAAUAGCAUGGUAUGGAGACAAGCUAUAUGUUGUGGAUACAGAUAUCGGUCUAAGAAUGUUUGAUUUAUCUACAAUAUGGGAGGUGGAUGAUGGUAGUAAAAUUGGAAAGGAUGGGACUAAGUAUACAGCUGCUAGUUAUAAGUAUGUUAUUCCCCAAAUUAGCUACUAUAAAUUAACCCCUCAACGGGAUUUCAAAUUUUCAUAUGUCGCUCUUGAUCGAACCUCUACCCCGUAUUCUUUAAUAGUGGGGGAGUAUCGGACAGCUAGUUCUGGGAAAAAAACCAGAUUAGUCAAAUGGAACUUGGAUUCUGAAAACAGGAAACUAAAGUCAAAGACUGCCAGUUUUGGCUAUUGUAUUGGACAGCCUCGAAUGCAGGGUGCAGUUUCCGUCGGUGAAAAGGUUUACAUUUCAGUUAGCAAUGAAAAGAAUCCUGGUGAUUUAUACACCUGGACAGCUGGCUCUAAGCCAAAGAGAGAGUCAAGCUUCUUUCCACCAAGUCCGGAAGAUCUUGCCUAUAACAAACACGGCAAUGAACUUUACGGUCUAACAGAAGGUAUUGGGAAAAGAUAUAUUCUUACUUAUGGUUUAUAG